AUGCCUUCGAGACCAGCAUUCGAUGAACUUCCUCUCCGAAAAGAUGGCCCUCUUGGCAAUGCGUGGGGUCUCUUCGGAGCUGACGACCAAAGCGGCAUGCUCAACCUUCUUACACCCGAGACCACAGCCAACGCAGCUCGCGAAAUUGUCGAGGGAGUGCGCAUUUCCACCGACUGGGCCCUGGAUAGUAUGUCGACGCCGUGUUUUGGUCGCCCUGCGUUGCAGCACACUAUCAAGCAUAAGGCUCCCAGGACGGUGAACGACGACGAAUUGGUGUUUAAUACGCAGAGCAGUUCGCAGUGGGAUGGAUUUAGACACUACGGUUAUCAGAAGGAGAAGAUUUAUUUUAACGGGAAGUCGCAGGAAGAUGUUAUGAAUACGCACGUCAAUGGGAUUCACGUGUGGGUUGAAAACGGGGGCGUUGUAGGCCGUGGCGUUCUUCUCGACUAUGCAGCAUGGGCAGAUGCCAAAGGUAUCGAAAUCAACCCAUUUGAGACGGUGUCGAUCCCCGUAUCUACGUUGAAAGAAGUUGCUGCCAGCCAAGGAACGACCUUUAAAGAAGGUGACAUUCUCUUCCUCCGCACUGGCUGGACAAGAGGGUAUCAAAAGAUGUCGAAUGACGAGAAAGUUGCGCUGGCUGCUAUGCUGCCCCCUCCGGCUAUUGGUGUCGAAUCGUCAGAAGAAACGCUCCGAUGGCUCUGGGACAGUGGAUUUGCUGCCGUUGCGGGGGAUCAUCCGUCAAUGGAGGCGUGGCCAUGCCAGAACCUGGACUUUCAACUUCAUCAGUGGCUGUUGGCGGGCUGGGGGAUGCCGAUUGGGGAGUUGUUCGACUUGGAGCGGCUGAGUGAGGAGUGUGGGAAGAGGAAGAGAUGGACAUUCUUUUUCAGUAGUAUGCCGUUAAAGGUUCCUGGUGGUGUUGCUAGUCCACCGAAUGGGGUGGCUAUUCUCUAA